UCCGGAGUGUGAGGACGUCAUGCGAGCAUGCUCGCUCGGGAGGAUCUCUGACGCGCAGGAUGGGCGGGCACGCUCCGCCGCCGCGCAUACAAACAACUGUGAUAGAUUAACUUAACUAAUUAAUUAUAAUAAAUACCUAAAUAGUAAACUUUAGUUAGCCCGUCCGUGUAAGACUUUGAGAGACAGUGUGUUUUGUGAAGCCGCCCCUAUGAUCGUCCCAAUGGCAGCGUAUGCACAAUUCGGCUAUUCCUACCCGUCCGCUUCUCAGUUGCUGGUGGGCAGCGGCGGCACGGGUGCCGGUGGCGCGGCCACGUCGCCCGACGGCGGCUCCAGCUCGGCGCCGCCGCUGUCGCCGGGCGGCUCGGGCGCGGCGGGCGGCGCGCUGUCGCCGGGCGCGGGCUCGCACGCCAGCACGCCAGCCGCGCCGUGCUGCGACACGCCGCGCCCCGUGCUCACCGACCCGGUGUCGGGGCAGACGGUGUGCUCGUGCCAGUACGACGCGCGCCUGGCGUUGUCGUCCUACCCGCGCCUGUCCAGCGCCGCGGUGGGCGUCUACGGCUCGCCGUACCCCUCGUCCGACCAGAACCCCUACCCCAGCAUCGGCGUCGACAGCUCGGCCUUCUACUCGCCUUUGAGUAACCCGUACGCUUUGAAAGAGGGAAGCGGCGAGAUGUCGGCGUGGACCUCCGCGGGCCUUCAACCCUCCGGCGGCUACUACCCCUACGACCCUACGCUAGCAGCCUACGGAUACGGAGCGGGGUACGAUCUAGCCGCGAGGCGGAAGAACGCGACGCGGGAGUCCACCGCGACGCUCAAAGCGUGGCUCAACGAGCACAAGAAGAACCCCUACCCCACCAAGGGGGAGAAGAUAAUGCUGGCGAUCAUCACCAAGAUGACGCUCACGCAAGUGUCCACGUGGUUCGCGAACGCGCGCCGGCGGCUCAAGAAGGAGAACAAGAUGACGUGGGAGCCCAAGAACAAGACGGACGACGACGACGACACCAUGCUCUCCGAUGAGGAAAAGGACGACGAUAAAAUCAAACCAAACAAAGAUGAGGAAAGGAAGGGGGACGAGCUUCUCCAGGGUAUGCACAGCCAGCUGCUCGGGUAUGGCAUCAAGGAGGAAUCGAAGCGAGGGGCUUCGGAUUGCGGCGUGCCGAUACCGGCGUCCAAACCGAAGAUAUGGUCGCUAGCGGAUACAGCUGCGUGUAAGACGCCCCCACCUGCCGCGCAGCCGUGGCCUCAGCAUGGAUACGGCGCGGGGGCGGAGCGUGCUGUGUCGGACGGGAGUUCGAACGGCUUCGCUUUGCCCGCGACGGCUGCGGCGUCACCUGCGAGCGGCUCUUACGGCCGAUACGGGGGGUUCCCUGGACAGUAUGGUAAUCAGCAUCCCUGCGUGCAUCCCGCGGCGUUCCCCGACGUCCAAACGGAUACCCCCCCUCAGACUCCGCCCAACAUGAAGGUCCCCAGCGUGGCCAACCCUCUGGGCAGCGGAGGGGGGUCGGGGUACUGCUUCCCGCGGCACCAGCAGUCUCCCCAGCGCGACCCCUACCACAACCCCCACCACGCGAACAACCACCAGCCUAACCAGCACCACAAUGAGGGGUCGGCCGCCUUCAAACCAUUCUACAAAAGGUAAAGCAAGUGGAACCUGGGUCGCAGCACCUUCUACUAGACACUUCUAGAGACUUCUGAGAUCACAGUGGCACAGUGUUUCACUUCUGAUACGUGAUUGAAGCUAAAGCUUGCAUCGCGAAAGUUGGAACAGAUGCGGUGAAGUUAACACUAAUGGUACGACUCCACUAUCGGGGUUCGGCGAAUGAUUCGAGUUCGGGCGCGAUAGUUAGGCAUUUGGCAAAAUAUAAAAUAUAAAUAAAUAAUAUAUCCUGGAAAAGUAAAGAAUUCACCUGAGAUUUUUGAAAACCCGAUAGGUACUGGCGGCAGCCUUUCGGGUUAGCGCGAAUGUGCGGAACGAUACGAUUUCCGCCGGCCACAUAAUUCGCGAUAUCACGAAUUAUUUGCCAAAUCUCAAUAGUGGAGUCGAACCAUAACCGAUCUCUAUUUCAACUUUCGUGAACAUUUCGUGAAGUUUGACUUUAAAGCGUGGCGUAAAAACUCCGGUCCACUGUUCUAUAUUAUAACAUAGCUGUAUAAUAAUUACUUUCGUAAACUUUUGGUUAUUUAGAAUAAUUUAAAAUUCCUAAAUUUAAAAGCACAGACUAUAAAAUUGUAAUAUAAAUAAAAAAAGUGAUUCGUUAAUUUGUACUUAAAGAAAUUAGUAUCAUGUGAUUCGUAGACACUUAAGGUGAAUACAUUCUUUGAACACGUAAUGUAGAAUAUUACCAACAAUCAUCGUGGGUUGUGACUUGUGACAUGUCGCGUGUUGAAAGUAUGUUUUCGCCCUUAAUGUUGUCUUAGUACUUAAAUCAUGUAUGGAAAAAGUUGCUCAGUAUUUUUAUAGUUAAUAAGAAUAUUGCGUGAAUAAUUCUCCAAAUUAUUUAAUUAUUACGACGACCUAAACGCAAUUAAAUAUGUGUUAAACUAAACUAUAAUACUAGCCAUCGAUUUUAGUGAAUUUAUUGUAAAUUUAACUUAAUUCAGAGUUUUUUUUUUAAUUAGGGUCCACUGAUGUGUAUUUAGUUCUUCCAAGAAGUGUAUAACUAAUUUUAUUUAUCCUUCGAAAAAGUGACCUAAACCAAAUUUCAAAGAAUUUCGAGUUAAUUUAGUAGAAUUACAUAAACGUGUUUUUCUCUAUAUAAGUACGAGUUUUAUAUUGUAAUCUAACAUCGGUAGUUUUCUGCAAUAUGCACUAACAGUGUUUAUUUUUCAAAAAUAAAUUGUUUUGUUUCGAU